CGAGACCUUGGGUCGCCCGAACGACGCCUCGUCGACGCUGCUACAGUGACGCUGUGAAUGCGGCAGAAGGAGGGCGGGAAGACGUCAGCACUUUGCGUUACUCCGGCGUCUUGGACAGGAACAGCCGCCGGCUCAGGGCCCACGUUUCCCGAGCUGCAGCGCCGAUCCGGCUCAUGCACGGCUCAACUCUCUCCACCCCUCCUUCCUCAAGCUCUCGAGCCGAGCCGCGCUUGCCUCUCGACCACCCCAUCGCUACUACCGCAACGCACCUCACUCAUUCUACCCACGUCACCACACUAUCAACAUGUCCACGUCCACUGCCAACGGCGACGGCGAGCAGCCGAUGCCCGUCAUCGUCUGGUGCUGCCCGCGCAGCUGCUCCACUGCCUUUGAGCGAGCAUUCAUGCAGUCCCAGUCCACGCGCUGCUUCCACGAGCCGACGGCCGGCGGCUACUACUACGGCCCGCAGCGCGCCUGCCAGCGCUACGACGAGGCCGCGUGCCAGGCCAGCGGCCAGGACCACGAGACCGUCGAGCAGACGCUGCGCGACAUGCUCAACCCCGACGUGUACAACAAGGGCACGGCGAAGACGGAGGGCGCAAAGUACAUCUUCGCCAAGGACAUGGCGCAAUAUCUCUUCUCCGGCGAAGUCCUCUCGGCGCUGCACCCCGACUCGAAAGUGUACCGCACGCCCUCGGCCGAGCAGGCCGGCGUCGACUACCGCCACACGCUCGAGAACCCCACCGUGGUGCCGACGGACUUGCUCCGGCGCUUCAAGCAUACGUUUCUAGUGCGCACGCCGGAGAAGAGCGUGCCAAGCUACUACAAAUGCGUCCAGGAUAAGGCGGCGGGCUUCGAGUACUUUGAUGGCGCCGAGGCCGGCUAUGCCGAGCUGCGCAUUCUCUACCAAUGGCUUUCGAACCCAGAGUCCACUUUCCACACUGCGCCACCCUCUCCCUCCGCCUCUUCUCUGCCCGGCAAGGUGCAGUCUCAACCACAGCCGCCGCCGCUCGUCGAUGCCAGCGUGCUGCUCGCCAAUCCGGAACGCACGAUUCGCCUGUACUGCGAAGCCGUGGGCUUCCCGUUCGACGAGGGCAUGCUCAGCUGGGAGAAGAAGAGCGUGCCCGAGUUCUCGAGCUGGGGCACUUUCCAUGCAGCGGCAGAGCAAUCAACGGGCUUCAAGAAGGACGACGAGACCGGCUCGAAGGCCAAGAAGGCCGACCUGCCACAAGACGUGCUCGAGACCAUCGAGCGCAGCAAGGAGGACUACGAGUGGCUCUACGAGCGCCGCACGAUUCGCGAGGAGGAGGAGAAGUGAGGAUCGACGCAAGUGCUGCAUUGGAUGAGGGAGCGAAGAUGUUGCGGGCAGAGGGCAAGGGAGACGGAUAAUGGGAUUGUGAUUACGCUGUCUCGC